AUGGCAGAGUUUCUUUGCACGGCAUGCUCUCGAUUUGCGAAUGAUUUUGGCAAGGUUGGACAAGAAGGCUGGAGUCCUAUUCUCAACGUUGCACCCGAUUUCCACUCGUUGGCAAAACUAGCCCGGGGGGGUUGUUCGCUUUGCCAAAUUGUCUACCAAUCUUGCUGUUAUGCUGAAACCGUCUCUUAUGAGAGGGAUACACUGCCCAUUCGAGUCCGAGCAUGGAUGGAACCUGAUAGCUACAGUGAGUUUGCCGAUGAGGAGGAUGAUGGACUCCCAUUUCGCGACGAAUACCCAAGGCGGUUGUUUCUUAUAGUAACAAUCGGCGAGGAAGGACAAAGCCGUUCGCAUUUUCUCCCUCUGGUAAUGGACAAGGGCGCGGAAAAGGCAACAACUUUGUCGGAAUCACACACGGAUGAGCCCAUUAUCAAUCUCUGCUCAAGCGGAGGUGUUGAUGAUGCAGUCGCCUUGGCUAAACACUGGAUACUUGAAUGUGACAAUUCUCAUACCGCAUGCAACGAUCAUCCACGUACCAAACAGCAGCCAAAGGUGGUACCCACGCGACUUAUAGACGUUGGGUCAACUCACGGAGGAAGGCCACCACGGGUCUAUAUUCAAAACUUCCUCGACCAUGAGGAUGUGGUCGCGGAUGUUGAAUAUGCUGCUUUGAGUUAUGCAUGGGGUUCUGAUCCCACAUUUGCGACAACUACAGCAUCCAACGUUGGCGAGAUGACAGAGUGCCUACCAUGGGACAAGCUCGCAAAGACUAUUCAGGAAGCUAUCAUAUUCACGCGGAAGCUGGGAAUUAAAUACCUAUGGGUCGAUGCUUUGUGUAUACUGCAAAACGAAGGUCCGGAUGAUUCAUUUCACAAGGCAGAUUGGUCUUACGAGGCUGGCAGAUUCGGCCAAUACUACGAGAACGCCAAGUUGACCAUUGCAGCAACGGGGGCCAUCUCUUCUGAUAAAGGGCUAUUCCUCCCACGACCUGCCUUGCAAGUCAACCCGAAGCCAGUUACCUUUCCACAAGAGACGUUUUGGGGCGGAAUCAGAGAGACCACCGCCCAGCCGAUAUCUCCAGCGUGGGAAUACGAAAUAGACAACUCCCCUCUUCUUUCAAGAGGAUGGGCAUUUCAGGAGAGAGUCCUUUCUAAGAGGGUCUUGCAUUUUGGGAUGAACUGUAUUUUGUGGGAAUGCCACGAGGGUCGGGCGAUCGAGACUGCACCACAUCGCUUAGGGCCUGUGACUUCCGAGGAAAUAGGCUACGACUUUGUCCAUACGUUUAAACACAUGCAAGAUCUGAAAUGGGAGGAUUUUGUGAAGUCAUGGUAUAGAUUUGCCAGCAGAUCCUCAAUGGACAAAUUCACCUUCGCCUCAGACCGACUACCGGCCUUGUCAGGAAUUGCUGCAAGAAUUCAGCAUCGCUUCCCGCAGAAGUAUAUCGCAGGUUUAUGGGAGUUCAAUAUAACUCAAGGGCUGGCUUGGGGAGUUCAUGAAUCACCCGAUCACAAAUCUCCAAGUUUAGCUGAUCUGUCUAUGGGCAUAGAAGGGGAAGCCAUACCCUCAGAGCUCAACAUGCCUUCAUGGAGUUGGGCGUCUAGCGAUAAGCCGAUACAUUUCUUCUUCUGGUUCGAUGAGUGGACUUCGAUGAUUACAAUCAAGAGCUGGGCGGUAGAAACCAAGGGUGCAGAAACUUCUGGGCAAGUUCUCCAUGGGACGCUACGUCUAAAAGGCCUGUUCCAGGUGAUGAAAUUGGUCGAUCUCACUCCGCCAUUCAGCAGGGUACAAUUCGAUCGAUACGGGUUCGCAUAUGAGGAAGAUCUUGCAAAGCACUUAAGCGAUAGGCUCUAUCCCUGCAUCCUUCUUGGGACAGAAAGUAGGUUCUUUAGGAGUCACCGUGCAGUAAGUCUUUUAGCAGGCGCACUCAUACUUCAACCAACUGGUCGGAGUGUUGAUUCGGUAGAAGAGUACAGACGUAUUGGAUUUUUCAGGGCCCCUUACGAGGAACACUGGUCUGAAGUUACUGAAACCAGGACUAUUGAUCUUGUAUAA